GUUUUUGAAUUAGAAAUUUAAAUUGCAAUUUUAGGCAAUAAUCUCAAAUAAUUACAUAAAAUUUUGAAAAAUGUCGGAACGAAAAGUCUUAAAUAAAUAUUACCCACCAGACUUUGAUCCUACAAAGUUACCGAAACUAAAGCAAGGACGAAAUCGUCAGUUUGUCAUUAGAAUCAUGGCUCCAUUUAGCAUGAGAUGUAAAACUUGUGGAGAAUAUAUUUAUAAAGGUCGAAAGUUUAAUUCAAGGAUGGAAACAGUGGAAAAUGAAACUUAUUUAGGUUUGCGUAUUUACAGAUUCUAUAUUCGAUGUACAAAAUGCAUCUCUGAAAUUACAUUUAAAACAGAUCCGGAAAACACUGAUUAUGUAAUGGAAAAUGGUGCUACAAGGAACUUUGAAGCAUUUAAAAAACUUUCAGAGCAAAUAGCUAAAGAAAAACUAGACAAAGAUGAAGAAGAAGCAAAUAACCCAAUGAAGGCUUUGGAAAAUCGUACAAGAGAUUCUAAAAGAGAAAUGGAGUCCAUUGAAAAACUAGAGGAGCUUAAAGAUUUAAAUACCAGACUUGCUAAAAUUGAUCACGAUAAGCUCAUACUUAAUCAUUUAAAAGAAGAAGCUGUUGCAAAAAGAAGUCAGGAGGAAGAAGAUGAAUACCUUGUAAAACAGAUUUUUGGUGGUGGAAGCUCGCUGGAUGGGUAUGUUAAACGAAUAAUUGAUAGUGAUGAUGAUGAUGAUGACAGGGAUAGUGUAAAUUCAGAUUUUGGGAAACGAAAGGCUACAGAUUAUUUAACAGAUCAUGUACCUUUUACUUCUGAUAUGCCAGGUCCUUCAAUGCAACCAGCAAAAAAAACAAAGUUAAAAACUCCUUUUGAUGACCUGUCUUCAAUGGUGCGUUUAAAGACUAAUGAAAAGCAAGAAAAAGUUCAAGAACUUCCUCCAAUUUUACCAGUUCCAGAAACUGUCACAGAGAUUAAAAAAGAGGUUCCUAAACCUAUUGAGUUAAAACCUCUUCCAGAAAUUAAAAUAACACUUAAAAAAAAUUUGGACAAUAGUGAUCUAAAGAUGAAAGGAGCAUCGCUAAAUAUUUUAGGGGGAUAUGGGAGCACUUCAGACGAAAGUGAUUAAUAUAAUGGAUAGAAAUAGUAUGAGCUGACAAAGAUGACAGUUAAAAUUUGAAAGUGAAGCAUAAAUUUAUUUAUUUUUUUUACAAAAUAAAGUUAAAAUAAAGAAUGAAAAA